AUUUCGGACGGCAAUUUUAAAGGCGGCCGAUUAGCGAACGAACCACACUUUUUCAAGCAUUUGAGACGCACGAAGAAAAGAAGAGCGGUAAACCCCCCUUUGAGUCGAGUCAUGUCUCGCCGACGAAGCCACACGUCGCCGGGGAGCUUCUCCCGCUCCUGCAGCAGUAGUGAUCCUAGAGAUUUGGAGAGACGGAUUUUUGUUGGGAAUUUGCCGACCUCCGACAUGGAAAAGAAGGAUUUGGAAGAGCUGUUCAGCCCUUAUGGGAAGAUAAUCGGCGUGUCCAUGUUUCGUGGGUUCGGAUUUGUACAAUUUGAACGUGUUGAGGAAGCGGAAGCUGCAAAGUCUGCCCAAAAGGGUCGAAUAUAUAAAGGUUAUAAAAUAGAUGUAAAUAUGGCAGUGGAGCGACGGCAAGCUAAACCUCAAUCCCAGCAGAGCCCUCCACGAAGGUAAAGGCCGGCUCCACCACCGCCACCCUCACACACGUAUGGCAGUUACAGCGACAGCAAAGAGCCUCGGCCUCGCUCGCGGUCACCCGUCUACAGCGCGAGUCUCGGGAGGAGCCGCGACGGGCGCGAGUCACGUGAGAGCCGCGACGGCCGCGAGUCUCGGGAGAGCCGCGACGCGAGGGACUCGGGCAGAGAGUCGAGGCCGGUCGGCCACUCUCGUGACCACGACUACCGGUACCGGAGCGCCGAGAGCAGAGACAAAGACGCCAGGGAUCCCGCGUACAGCAGAGACGACUACGACCGAUUCUACCGCGGUGGCAGCAGCAGUGCAGAAGAGUAUUACCGGAGGAAGGAUGAGCCCUACAGGGACCCUUACAGAGAUCCCUGGAACGGACGCCGUGAGCCAGAGGCCCCCGCCAGCCUCGCUUCAGCAGUAGAUGAUCGCGCUCGACCAGAAGAGCGCCGCCGCAACGAAUUGUACCGGCAGUACUACGAGGAACUCCAGCGGCGCUACGACACCGACCGCCCCGUCGACUGCUCGGUGAUCGUCGUCAACAAGGCGCAAAAUAGGGAGUAUGCUGAGACGGUGGGACGGAAAGUCCGUGAUCUGGGCAUGGUGGUGGAUCUGAUCUUCCUCAACACGGAAGUGUCACUAACCCAGGCGCUCGAGGAUGUAGGCAGAGCCCGCACUCCGUUUGCCAUCAUCAUUACCCAGCAGCACCAGGUCCACCGGUCCUGCACCGUCAACAUCUUGUUCGGCACACCGCAAGAGCAUCGAAACACAAUGCAGGACGCCAUGAUGCUGGUCGCCCACAAUUAUGACUACAAAGUUGAAAACCGUGAAAAAGAGCGCGAGGAGAUCGCCAGGAAGGCCGCCAAGAUGGCGGACGACGUGCUGCUCAGGGAGCCGGACAGGGAGAGCCACCCCGUUUCUGUGCUCACCUCCAUCACACUGCUGUCUGAAAACAGAUUUGUGACUCCCGAUGAAAUGGAUACACUCAUUGCAUACCUGAAGGACAAAAGAGCUCGACUGCUACGAAGUGCUGCAGAGCCUCUCACAGCCGGAGUCCACAGUGCAGCUCCUGCGGCGGUGCACCACGACGUUCCGACCUCCACCACAGGACUGGCUCCUCCAUCCCACUCCACUCUCACAUCGCCGCAGUCCAGCCACCUCGGCCUCUCGGCGGCCUCCAGCGCCGCGGCUAACCCCAGCCACCAGCAGGAGCUGCAGGCCAAGAUCCUCAGCCUGUUCAACAGCGGCAGCGGGGUCCCGGCGGGCGCCGGAGGCCUGCCGCCCGUCAAGGCCUACGGCUCCCUCGGCCCAUCCCCCGUCCAGAUCCCACCCCGCCCAACCAUGACGGGCCCAGCCAUGACAGGCCCCUCUGCGGCCGCGCCCCAGGGUUACGGCGCCCCACCGGGACGCAUGCAAGUCACACCAGGUGGUCAAACUCCCUCGUCCGCUUCAGGGAUCAAUUUUGACAACCCGAGUGUACAGAAAGCGCUGGACACCCUCAUUCAGAGCGGACCGUCUCUGAACCACCUGGUGAGCCCUGCCGCCGCUCAGCAGCCCCCCACCAGCAUGGGCCAGGUCCCGCCUCUGUCCAUGUACCCCCGACAUUACUGAUGUUGUAGCGAAUGAAUAACUUCCUCUCCCUGUGACACGUAGAUGCCACAUCAAUCCUCUGUGCAGUGAAUACCAGCUGUGUAAUAUAGGUAGGUUGGAUGUUUGUAAAAGCUUUUAAUCUUUUUUCUUUUUAUUCUGAGUAUUGUGUUCAGUUUGAUUACGGUUAUUACAUUUUGUUGGAUGACUUGUCCAGACUACCUAAAAAAAGUCUGUAUUUUCAAUUAUUAGCCAGAAGAUAAUUAUUAAUUGAUUCUCGUUACACGUGACUUGAACUGAGGCAAAGUUACAUGAGUAAAGUACAUUAUAUAUUUUGAUGGACUCCUUUGUUCUUUUCCAACCGUGAUUGUUUCAUAGUUUUUUUUUAUUUGUAACACUUUCAUUGUCAAAACAAGACAAGAUUAAAAACUCCAGACACAA